UCAUAGCCUAAAUUUUAUCCUAGGGACCUCAUUUUUACUCGAUGUCUCCGAGCUGGAGCUAGGGGAAAUCUUAGGUGAGGAAUUAGAAUGAGCUGCUAAGCAGUGAGUCACGUCGCCGCCAUAAAAUUUCUCCAGUGCCGGCAUUUGGGUUCUCUUUCCAAGUUUAGGGCAGCCAGAUCCGUCAUGCUUCUUGCGACAUGGAUGGAUGGAGGGAUGAAAGAUUGCAAGUAGUCGUCGAAGUUCUUGAAAAGAAUGGAGGCUGGCUUGGGGGCUCGACCUCGACCUGCCUCGGCCUCCCUCGGCCUCCCGUUCUUUCGACCACCACAAACUUCAAGAAAGACAGGCUAGCAAGCCUCGAGAAUCCGCCGAGUGACAGCGAACCGACGAAACCCAGCGAUCGACGAGCUACGUUUGAAUCGACUCGAUUCUCGUCAGCACCGACUUGCACUAGGAUUUCAAACCUCGCUCGUAGUCGGGCGCCGACUGACGCAGACUUUAGUCGUCGAGGCAGAAAGGGAGGUCCAGGAAUCUUGAAAGUCUUGAAACCCCGAUUCAAAUUUUCCCACUUUCUCUACCUACGCACACUAAAUCGCUCGCUCGCUCUCUCGCUCGCCCCCAUUUCAAGAAAAUGCACGGUCGCGCUUCGGAGAAGCAACCGAAACGAAGCCGGGGCACUCGAGAACUCCACACGUUUGGAGCACGGCGGUCUUCCAACGGGAAAGGGAGCGAUGAAAGUAAAAUUUUUAAAAUCCGGGACGCACGGAGCGAGUCGAGACGAAUCGAGUCGGGGUGAGAAGAAAUGAGUCGACAUGAGUAAUGCGGCCGGCCUGCCGUCAUCGAUCAUUGGACCGAGGUCUGUUUGUUCCCGAUAGAUUCGAGAACUUGUCACCUACUUCCUAGCUUCGCUUUCUUCUUCUUCUUCUUGCGCCGGCCCCACCGCGACCUCCAGCAGGAAACCCGAUCUGUAUCAUGCGAGAGCACUAGAACAUUUAAGGUCGGAUAGCAGCCUGCAACUUGAUCGAGCAAGGCACCAUGAUGCCCUCGCAUUUAGGCGAGGAAUUACCGUGAAUAUUUUCAAGUUUCAACCCUCGAUUCAAUCAUGAAGUUCGUGGCUUCCCUCCAAAACCCUGCCCUCCCAUUAGACCGAGUAUCCUUUACAUGCGAGAUGAAGAGUGAAUGAAUCACGAGAAAGCGUUAAAAGCGAUCCACAUUAGGGAACAUUCAUUCUUGGUGCUCGUCUAUGCCCCAGGCUCUAGCUGGCGCCAGGAUGGUGCGCGAGUACACUUGGGUGGGACUGGAAUUGGACCUCGAUCAUUCCCAUUCGAUGUCGAUAUGAGGUGUCCUAGCAUCUUGGCCAUUUUCUUUCACCGAAGCGCUAGAACAGAUAGAAAGGUGUAGAAUUUGAAUGGCCGCACAGAGAGAGAGAGAGAGAGAGAGAGAGAGAGAGGAGAAAGUGAGAGAGAGAGAGAGAGUAGAAAGUGAGGCUACGGUGCACUUUAGGUCCGAGUGACAGAAUCCGUGUCUGCAAGGGAGGAAAGCAGAUACACGAGAUGUGCAGGUUUCAGAGUGUGGGGCGCCGAGGCAUCGCCAUGUUUGCAUCUCACACGGUUUCAACAUUUACCACAGCUUCAGCUGCGGUGCAGGAUGUUCAUCUUGCAACGGCGACUUGUAAAAUUUAUCAGACGAGAAUCUUCUGAACCAAUAAGGUGCACAUGACGGCCUUGACAAUUAACCUUCGUGGUACCAAAGGCCUAAACCCUGCGCCCUUAUCCUCAGUGCGAACUUGCCAUCUGACCACCUCCAUAGCUUCCGUGGCCAGCAUGAACCGCCAUGACGAGCAGCAGGAGCAGGAGGAGGAGGGCUCGUCUAAACCUAGUCUAGCGAGAAACUAAAAAACCCCAUGUCUAUAGAACGAUGGGGCAUCUUACAGUUUCUCUCUUUUGAUCGUCCCGUACAGAACGGAUCGAGCGUUGUGUAGUUCAUGUUAGAGGCAGGGGCAGGGUUGGCAGCGGGAGCAGCAGCAGCCGCAGCAAUCAACUCGACGUUUGUGGCUAUCCAUGCAGAAAAGUAUAAAAUCAUGAUUUUCCUAUUCUACCCACCUUCAGCCCGACCUCGACCUUGUCUCAGAAUAUAAGCUGGCAAUCUAUCUGUAAGGACAAUGGAGGUACGAGGCAUUAAAGGCACUGGCAAGUACAAAGCCGGGCCGAGAACAAUGAGCUUAUCCUGCCCAACGUUAGGACCAAAAGAGCUUUUAGGACAAUUCCUGCAAUUCAGAAUUGCGUGAUCAUACGAGGAGUGGUUCGAACUUGAAUGAUCGUAAGCUCAUGCACAACUACUCCCUCGUGACUCUGCUCUCGGGCCAAAUCAACCGGUACCUAACUCAUGGAGAGAGCGAAGAAGAGGGGCGGAUUUUAGAGGGCUCGAUCGCCUUCAAAUUGCAUGAUCGUGGAAUGUUCAUUUAUGGUAUAUUCUACUGUCCACUAGAUUGGGAUUUUUUAUGAUUGUCCACAUCCGACAGAGUACGAGGUCUCUAUCGUGGACGAGUCUUGCAAGCCCAGAUUCUAAAUCUCGCACACCAUACUCUCGUUGAAGAGAUAUGGAUAUCUGCCUCACUGUAGACAUUUCUUUCUAGUGAUUGCGCACAAUAUCUCCAUGCAUUUGUCCGAGGGGCAUGCUUUUGCAAUGCUUAGCAUGAAUACCACUCACGGGUACGCCUCCACUUUAUAAAAAGAAGUGUGGCCGUUUGUUUGCAGUGUCCUCGACGUGUCAUUAUGGAUGACAUCUUCGCCGGCAGAAAAUCGUUUCUUGGCAGUUCAUCCUCCACGAGGAAAACACGAACUUGCAAUCUUCCAGUACUCUCG